ACUCCGUAACAUCUUACGUCAAAGUCCCCAGCGCUCACAAAUAGGUUCUGGAGCUGAGACCUUAACUCUUAUCGCCCCUGUCUCGCCCAGGGGCCCUGCUUCUCUCCGAAAUCUCCCCUUUCGUCUCCUGCUCUUUUGCCUCGCUGUUAUUCCUCCUGUUUCUUCACCAACGUUUCCCUCAGGGGAGGAAGAGAGAGAAGCAGUUCUGGUUCUGGUGGCGGGUUCGGAUCCUGCCGGCGAUUUCCCAAGCUGCACCGCGGCGGCGCUCUCUGGCUCGGCCCGCCGCUGUCACCGCCAGGAGGAGGCUGAGGCUGCGCUUCCCCGACCGACCGGCCUGCCACCCGCCCGCCGCCGCCGCCGCAGUACCAGCAGCAGCUUGCAGGAAGGAGCCAUCGCUGCUGUUGCUGCCGCCGCCAUCAUGGUGCCCGGGGCAGGAGCCAGAGUCGCGGCCUGGGGGCUCUGAGCCCCCAUCACCUCUUUCUCCCCGCCACUUUAUCUCCCAUCGUCGUCACCGCGCCGCCGCCGCCGCCGCCCUACUCUUCCCAGCCUUGGGCCGCCGGAGUUCAUCUGGAAUGAUUGCAGUGGAGGCAUAUGAGUGAAGAUCCUGCAUUGGAAUUGGUCAUCCUUAAGAAUGUUUGUCAGCAGUAAUUUCUGGUUAAAAUGAAAGGGAGACCCUUAACAUCUGAAAUAUAGAACAUAUCAACGAUUUAAAAUCUCAAAAUAUCAGAGAAUACAAAAAAAGAUUUAAAAUACUAAGUGUUCAUCCAUCAACAAGAAUAAAAAGGACCACUCCUACCCUAACCUCUAGAAGAUGAACACCAUGUCUUGCAUUUCCCAUGUUAUUGCACUUAAGAAUGAACAUUGAAGAUAAGCUGGGAGGAUUGUUUCUUAAAUGUGGUAGCAUAGAGCAAAUGCAGUCAUCCAGGGAUAUGGUUGGAAUGGGUGCCGCAUCUGACCAGUCGGCAGUUUCUGUGGAACGGCAAGAAGCAGUGCUUCAAGACCGGGCUAUGGCACAUCAGGAAAUUCUUUCUGCAGAUGAAGUGCUACAAGAAAGUGAACUUCGACAGCAAGAAAUGAUCCCACACGAUGAACUCAUGGUCCAUGAAGAGACGGUGAAAAAUGAUGAUGAGAUAGAGGGACAAGACAGACUUCCUCAAGGUCUUCAGUAUGCAGUCAAUGUCCCUCAGAUCAGCGUGAAACAAGAAAUUACCUUUACUGAUGUAGCAGAACAGCAGAAAAGAGACAAAAAGCUAAUACGAGAUGGUUUAGAUAUGCAAAAGAAGAAGAAAAGGAAACAGCGUUCACCAGCAAAGAUCCUUACAAUAAAUGAGGAUGGAUCACUUGGUCUGAAGACUACCAAAUCUCACAUUUGUGAGCAUUGCAAUGCUGCCUUUAGAACCAACUACCAUUUACAAAGGCAUGUCUUCAUUCAUACAGGUGAAAAACCAUUUCAGUGCAGUCAGUGCGAGAUGCGUUUCAUACAGAAGUACCUGCUACAGAGACAUGAGAAGAUUCAUACUGGCGAGAAACCAUUUCGAUGUGAUGAAUGUGGCAUGAGAUUUAUACAGAAGUAUCACAUGGAAAGGCACAAGAGAACUCAUAGUGGAGAGAAGCCUUACCAGUGUGAAUACUGCUUACAGUUCUUCUCAAGGACUGACCGUGUAUUGAAACACAAACGUAUGUGCCAUGAGAACCGUGACAAGAAACCCAACAGAAGUGCCACCAAAAUUGGCCUCUUGACUCCUGAUGAAGAUCAAGGCUUCCCUAUGCCUUUGAAAGACAGCUCUUUGCCAAAGAAAAAAAGGCAAAAAACGGAGAAAUUGAAAUCUUCUGGGCUGGACAAAGAAAGUGGGAUAGAUAAAUCUGAGCAUAAGAAAGAUAAGAAUGAUUUUUUGCCUUUGUAUGCUGGCAGUACUAAGAUAAAAGAUGAAUAUAUGGUGGCCGAAUAUGCAGUUGAGCUACCGCAUUCUUGUGUCAGUGGAGGGCACUUGCAAGAAGCAAAUUCUGGAGAAAUACACCCACCGAAACUGGUGCUUAAAAAAGUUAACAGUAAGAGGAGCCUAAAACAGUCACUGGAGCAAAGUCAGACCAUUUCAUCUUUAGCCUCCUAUGAAGACAGCAAGGUUUCUAAGUAUGCAUUUGAUCUUGUGGAUAAACAAGGCCUGUUGGACUCUGAAGGCAAUGCUGACAUUGACCAAGUUGAUACUUUACAGGAAGGCCCCAGUAAACCUGUACACAGCAGCACAAACUAUGAUGAUGCAAUGCAGUUUUUAAAGAAAAGGCGGUAUCUCCAAGCAGCUAAUAGUAAUAGCAGAGAAUAUGCCUUGAACGUAGGCACCAUUGCCUCCCAACCGUCAGUCACACAAGCUGCUGUUGCAAGCGUCAUAGAUGAAGGUAGCACAGCAUCAAUAUUGGAUACAUCAGGACUGAAUGUGGAAAUUAAAGGCAACCAUGACAAAAAUGUAAUUCCAGAUGAGGUACUUCAAACUCUUUUAGACCAUUAUUCCCAUAAAGCUAAUGGCCAGCAUGAAAUAGCUUUCAAUGUGGGUGAUACUGAAGUGACCUCGAGUAUAUCAAUAAAUUCUUCUGAGGUGUCGGAGGUGACACAAACUGAAAAUGUUGCAACAAGCUCUCAAGGUUCCUCAUCUGAUAAAGCGAGUAUGUUACAGGAAUAUUCUAAGUUUCUUCAGCAAGCUUUGGACAGAACUAGCCAAAAUGAUGCCUAUUUGAACAACCCAAGCCUUAAUUUUGUGAAUGACAACCAGACUCUUACAGGGCAAACAGCAUUCUCUUCUAUAGACAAGCAGGUCUAUGCAUCUAUACCUGUCAACAGUUUUCGAUCAGGAAUGAACUCUCCAUUAAGAACAACUCCAGACAAGUCUCAUUUUGGACUUAUUGUUGGUGAUUCCCAGCACUCUUUUCCCUUUUCAGGUGAUGAACCAAAUCAUUCUUCCUCGUCCUCUACCCAGGACUUUUUGGAUCAAGUAACUUCUCAGAAGAAAGCUGAAGCACAGCCUGUCCAUCAAGCAUAUCAAAUAGGUUCCUUUGAGCAACCAUUCAGGGCUCAGUACCAUGGAACAAGAGCUGGAAUAUCAUCUCAGUUUAACACUGCUAAUGGGCAAGUGAACCUGAGGGGACCAGGGCCAAGUGCUGAAUUCCCCGAAUUUCCUUUGGUGAAUGUAAAUGAUGCUCGAGCUGGAAUGAACUCUUCACCUGAUGCUACAACAGGCCAGACGUUUGGCUAAGAAAAUCUGUAGAAAUAACAUUGGCACUUUAGCACGGGUCUGUGAAGAAUGAGCAUUUUCUGUAUAAGCUGGAGUUCUAUACAGAUUUAAGGCCUUGUGUUAUAACAAAAAAGUGAGCUGGUACAGCGUAUUGGCAACUGCUUUUUUUGUGUGUGGUUAGUCACCAUUCUUUAUGAAUUGCCUUAUAUGUGGGUGUCCACUGAAAAGGCAGGUGGUUAUUUCCUUGUUUGAGAUCAAGAGCUUGCUAUGUUGAGAUUUAAAGAAGACAAACCAAACCAAAAAAAUCCAGAUAUGAUGUCUCUCCUAUAAUAAUUUCUUAGUUUGGUAACAUUGAUUUUGGGGGAAGAAUGAUAAUUAUGAGAUUAUUCAUAUUGGAAUUUCUUAAUUAGUCUAGCCAUUGCACUUCAGCAGGGAACAUGAACAGACUGUACAAAUGAAAUAAACUUAAAAGUUUAAAUGUCAGGAGAUUAUGGCUAAACUAUAAUGCAUUCUGAGGAAAAAAUCCAUUUUAUCAGUUCUUAAAAAGUAAUACACAUAAUACUCAUUCUUGGUUUCUUUGCAUUUCCUUUUACAACACUUUGAGAAAGGUAAUGAUGUUUUCUAGAUGCACUCCUCUAUUUAAAUGUCUGAUUUAAUUAAAAGUACUUUAAAGGCAAAAUACUUAAAAUUAAUGUAUUUACUUCAUUCCUGAAGUAUUGCAUAUUUCUUUGUACCUUUGAAGCUGAAUGUAACUCUUUAUGUUUUUAUCUCCAAAUAACAGGUAUCAAGAUAGUUAGGUUUUAGCUAAAAUGCUUUGUAGAAGACAUUCCCAUUUUCAUGUUUAUAUGAAACUCCAGGAUUUAAGAGUUAAAUUGUGCUUCAUCCUACAAAUCUGCAAUAAUUAACAUUAGAGCACUUAGAUUCUUUUCAACUUUUUUCUUUCUCAAAAAAUAAAACUAUUUUAGACUUUUAGGUUUGAUGUGGCUGCAUCAUUAUCACAUAACAACUGAAAGGUUACCUUAAUGAACAGUUUCACUGCAGUUUUGCCAACUUGAGCUAGUGACCGAGGACAGUGACCAAAAGAUAAAUUGUCAAACUCUUACUGCAUUUCACAAAACAAUUAACUGCAAACUUUAUCCCUCUCCCUUGUUUUAAUAGUAGAUUGUCUUGAGUUAUACAGUGUGGUGCAAUGCUUAGUUCUGUAUACAGUUUUAACAUGGUGUGGUUUGACUUAACGUAAAUGUUGGGAAAACCUUUUCUUAAAAACUGAAGCUUUUGAUUUCAUCCUCUUAUAUGUUCGCUAAUGGGUUGUUUUAAGGUAAUCUUGAGGCAGUGUUUUACCCAAAGGCUGAGUGAUGGGAACGUAGAUACAUUUUUGCCAAAUAUACUAAUCAUUUAGGCAGAGAAGAUGGAUGCAUAUAUUAAUUUAGAGCAUCAGGCCUGCUUACCAUCUCUCAAAGGUAACCCAAAUGAUACCUCCCUCCCUCAAUGAAUUUGGUUAAGGGAAGCAAAAUUGCAAUUCUUACUUUUGAUUAAAAUGGAACUCCUAAUUUUGGCACUGGGUGUUCUCCUUUGUUCCAGCUGUGCAAUUUCAGGCCCAUUUUAGAAUAUACAUAAAACCCAUGGACAGGUACUGCAGUAGCCAAGACAUAUGUGUUAGAUCUACAAGCUCAUAGGUCACAAAAUGCAUUGUUUAUUGCAGUGGGUCAUAAACAAGCUAUCUUUGCAAUAAGAUGUUAUAUCCUAUUACUCAUUAUAAAUUGCCCACUGGUUCAUAGUAAAGUAGGUAAAUAAAACUGAGAUGUCAAGCCAAAAUAGUGCUGUUACUAAUACCCACACAUGAAAACCUCUAAAUAAUGAAUCUUUCCAUUUUUUUUGUUUGCUUCUGCACUAGCACAGUUAGCACAUACUAUAUUUUAAUUUCAACUAUUUAACUAAGUAUUACAGAACAAUGUUUGAGGGCUCUGUUGUGCCUUCAGUUAACAUUUACUUGUGGUUCAGACAGUGGCAAGUGAGAGAUGUACACACAAUCAGUAGCUAGUAUCCACUUGUGGUUUUCCGCUUAUGGAAGUUUCUUUGCCCAGGAAAGAUUUCCAUGAAUGGAAGAGUGAGGAAGGCAAUUUAGGGGGGAAUUCUCCUUUGUAUCUUUUUUCCUGCAGCCCCCUGCAUUCUCUCUGAGCAGACUGCGGGCUCAGAUGAAAGGGGUAAUAAGUGAAAUGGCUUUCCCAUCCUUCAUUCACGGAAGCAUCCUCUGCAUCAAAUACCCUUCUGUGAGUGAAGGAACCCAAUUGGAUACAAUAAAAAUAAAAUAAUAAACCAUACAAUAAGAAAACAAGAGGAUGCUUAUCUGAAAGUAUCCAUUAUGAAAAAAUGAACAGAAAGAAAUUGAAAGAGCUACAGGUAGGAUCCAAAGUAUGUCCUUGGUCAAACAUCUAUAGCUGCAGCAGAGCUCUCUAUACUUACUCUUCUUAUGGCUGUUCCUUUCACUGCAUUGAGGGAGUGUUGUUCUCUAGUAUCCCAAAAAUUUGAGAGGGACUUAUUGGGACCAUGAGGGGCUACAGCAAGGGGGUGGCGGCACAAAAGCACUUGAGUAUAGAAUAUCUCAAACAUGAGCAGAACCUCCAUCUGUGAUCCUUCCCACUGAAAUGAUGUAACAACCUGCUCCUGCAGAAAAAAAGUUAUGAAGAUACAUCUUAAGCCUUGUUAAUUAUCUCACAAGCCUAUUUUAUACAUGUUUGGAGACAGUGUUAAUAGAAAUACUUUAUUAAUAAUGCUUCAUUAAAGUGAAUUUAGGACAUCUCUGCUGUGGUCCUACAGUCCUGUUAAACUCAAAUGUUUUAUUUGCAAUUCAGUUCACUUAAUCUGUUUGAAAUCAGGUUUCAUUGCAAAUGUUCUGUUUAGUUUCAUUGUUUCAAUCUUUAACAGCUCCUAUUUUGGGUGUAUGCUGGGUCUGAGUGUCCCUUUUAACACUAAUUUACUGUUCCUUUUACUAUGAAUAUAAUCAUGUUACUAAAGAAUUGGCUUUUGAGGCUUAAAGCUGAAGUAGCCACUUUUCUCUUGGUUUUAAUAAUUCAAUGUAAACAAUUGAUCAAGAUUGAUUUAUCCAUUUAUCUGCAGAGAAACAGUAGCAUCAUGUACUGCAGUGUAUUAUAGUUUUGAAUAAUAGUGUAGAAGGAUUCAUUUUUCAUUUAUGAUGGAUAACCUCUUCAUGUCUUCCCUGAAAUUAGUUUAAACAAUUAUUACAGACUCCCAGGUAUAGCAGAUGGCUAAGGUUUUGGAGGGAGUCAGCACUUCAGAGAAAGUACAGUGAAAGCCUGAAAGUUUGGUGAUUGUAAAUGAGGAUGUCUUCAGUGGCGUUAAGUCAUUUAGCUGAGGUCUUACGAAAGUAUGACUGUCAUAUUGCAGAACAUAUGUAUAAAUAUUUGCAAAUUAAACCAGUUGUCAAAAUGAAUGAUAUACAUUGUAAUGUUAUAUGCCUGCUUUUGUUUGCUUAUUUAUUUUGUGAUUUUAAAAUGGGUUUUCAAGUCACUAAUGUGAAUUAAUGCGUUUUUAGUAUACCUGUUGGAUUUCAUUUCCAAGUUUUCUGGUUUGUUUUCUGAGAAAGUUUUGCUUGGAUGGAUACAACAUAGUCCCAUGUUUCUUUAGAUUAUUUUUUAUGAUGUGUUAUCAUGUUUCAUAAAUAUUUGAAGAGGAUCUACAAUAGAUCCAAGAUCAGCCUGUUUGAAUAUUUCAGUAUUAACCUGCUUUGUAUUUGUAAGAUUGCCACCUAAAAUUUUGUUGGGUUGACAUUAAACUCUUUAGCAAGUUGCUGGGGAGUAGCUCUUAGAAUAUAGUUCAAAACAUUAGAAGGCAGAAAUGUGCUCGUGAUCUGGGUAUUUUGGUUGGUAAAAACUCAAAUGUAAUUUUCCAAUUGAUAUUACUAAUAAAACAAAUUAUUUUUGUUUUCUUAAACUCUGCUCAACAGAAGCCUUGUGACUUUUGGAAAUGCUUAAUUUUUUGCUAAUGCAUGUUUGUUAGGUAUGUAGCACAUUUAACUAUUCCUUUGGGGGGGGAAGUCCUGAGAAAGUAUUGAAAUCAAUGAAAAGCAUCAUUAUGUUAAAAUUUUAACUUUCAUUUUUUUCCAAAUGACUUUGUUUCAGGGAAAUUUUCUAAUUGCUUUGCUAUACUUACAUAAAAUAAUUGCUCCGCUUUUCAAUAAUAAUUUAAAAGAGAGAGAGAUCUUCUGGUAGCGAACACAAACCGAAGCAAGCAAACCUUUCUCAAAGUUGUUUCUUGCUUUCUUUAUCCCGGUGAAUAGAAAGGUAAAAAAUGUGUAAAUGUUUAUUUUAUUUUUUUACGCAAUAUUGUUCUGUAAAUAUGAGUUAUCAAAUAAGGAUGUACCUAUGAUUGAAUCUUUGAUUCUGCACAGUUAAGAGUUUAUAUAUAAAAUAUAAAUGUGUCUUGACAAUCAAGGACUUGCUGUCAGUCUUCCUAUAUUAUGUUUUAUUAAUGUUUUGCAUUCCAUUUGUUAGACUUGAGUACCAAUGUGGGAAUUUGUAUUGUCUGUAAAGUAUGUAAUGUUUUUACAGCUUGUUAAAAAAAGGAAAAAAGUACCUUGUAUAUAAACAGAUCACAUUACUGCUUUGUAUCAGGAGGCAUAUGAUGUACUGUAUGUAAGCAAUAAUGCCUAACAGUGCUAACUUUAUAAGUAGCAUAAUAAGGAUAGUUCCAAAAACUGUUUGAGGAGUUUAAUAGCCUUGUUUAAGUUAAUGGAUAUUCUUAAUUAUUUUUAAUCAAUAAAUUCCGCUGUUUUUCGGUUUGUACUAUAUAACAUUGUUUACAUAACCAUCUGAGUUGCAGGGAAAACAGUCCUUAGAUCUGCACCUGCAAACACAUUCAUUAUGAAAUUAAUGGCUCAGCUGCACUUUUACAAGAUAGGAAAACUGCAAAAGUUAGUGUCCGAGGGUAAUAAUAUUCAGUGCUACUCCUACUCAGAGUAGACUUAUUAAAGUUAAUGACAUGGCUAAUUUUGGUUCAUUAAUUUCACUGGGUCUCCUGUGAGUUGGACUUAGUUGGACACAACCCCCUGUCAAGGAAGGAAGGAAGGAAGGACGGAUAGGGAUUUGUUCCUACAAUUUUUGCAUUGAUAAAUAAUCUUAAAAUUUAAUUUCAAAUUAUAAAUAAGGUUCAUUGUGAUACAAAAAGUGGUUCUGUUCAUAAUUCACAUUGCAGUUGAACACUGAGUCAUGGUUUAUUUGACAUAAUUUUGCCAUAGGAAUUAUCAGCUGCUGGGAUGAGCUGUGUUCGGUUCAGACAAAACAAGUCAAACUUAAGCCAAGUUUGAACUAUGCUUUCAGGCUGUACAGAGCAACAGAAUUAUUUGAAAACUAUCAUUGCUUUAGUUGGGAAAGAUCACCGAUUUAUAAAUGUAUAUGGCCUACAUUUUAUAGGAGGUGUUUUUAAAUGCUAGUCAUUUAUAUACUAUGUGCUUUGAAGGAUUUGCUAGUUCACUUCUGUCACUUUUAGUACACUGGUAUCUUUUUAUAUGUAAUGUAUGCUUUUUAUUAUUGUAGCAAAGCAUUUCAGUAGAAGGAAUUUUGCAACAGUGUUCGAAGAAAUUUUAUUGUUGGAAACUAAUUAUACUGGAUUCUGUCUCUGUAGUUCUGUCUUUAUUUUAACAAUGUCAGGAAAAGGACCUUGGUAUUCAAAUAAAACUGAUGAUCUGCUCUUUUUUUUUAAAGAGUACAUUGUGUGAUUUGCAAGUGAGUCUAGAAAUCUGAUAACCUUUGGUAGAAAGUCCAGGAUACUUAUAUAUCAACUAAAAAAAUAAAAUAUUUGGGGGCAGGGAGAGAAUACUAGAAAGCUGCUGGAAUGCAUUUUUGAUACAGUAUUUUUUCCCCUGAGGUCCAUAUGCUUUCUUCGUCUUACAGUUCAUAAAAUCCACUAUAAUACUGGUAAAGGAGAUUUAUUUCAGUAGUGAUACAGUAUUACUUUAUUUUACAAUAAGAGAACUGUCCAUUUUACUCUGUUGAUUUUUUUUUAAAAAAAGCAAUUGAAUUCCCAGUUUCAUCAAUUUAAAAAUGUAAAUAAGUAAAAUAGAUGCUUUUGUACAAACCUUGAAAGUAUCAAUUUGUGUAAUUAUUUGUAUUUGAAAUAAAUUAGGUGAUGCAGGAUUCUUGAGAAAUCAGGAAUAUGGUGAUGAUAAAACAUGUUUGUGUGGUGAGUGUGUAUGGAUAUACGUGAGGAAAUUCUAUGGAUUUCGUGAUAAAACACGGAGAAAUUACUGUGAGUAUAUCUGAACUCUAGGUUUGGGGACAAACUUUUGUACUCACGGCCAAUAUCUGUAUGUAUUUUGGACCAGGAAGUGGCAUCUUCACAUGUACUUUGGCCAGCUGUUUCGCUCCCCACUUAGUUCACUGAAAGUCAUAGGAACAGAUGGAGCAGCUCUGUUGUUCAUGGGCUUAUUUCCUUUGGAACUGAAAAGGACAUCACAGUCAGUAUUGUUCUGCUCCUGUUUUCCAUGGAUAUAGGCUCCCUUUGAGUGUGUACAUUUCAGCCAAAUUUGUAUUUUCUGGCUGCUCUAUUCUAAAGAUUGCUUCAGCGACAGCGGCACAAGCAGUGAGUUGUGAAGCCCAACAAGAUCCACUGCCUUGCAAAUUGGAAAUACAUGCUCACUGAAUUAAACUUAAGGUUUUAGUAUUGGAAAGGGUAUCACAUCAGAGGCAGCAGUAGAUGUGUGAAAAAACCAAUGGAUUGUUGUGCUAUAAUGCCCAUUACUGUAGCAGAGUGAUUUUAUUUCAUAUACCCAAAGGCCUUUGUAAUAUUAUAAAGGGACUUAUAUAAAAAAUAAUCAAGAGCUUAUUCAUUUAAUC